AGGAGAGGGGAGGGCAGGAGGGGAACAAGAAAAGAGGCAGCUUGAAUUGUGAAGUCACCGGCUCCAGCUCUGUUUGCACUAGGCUCUUUGCCGCCGCUGACAGUACGUUCAUUGCUGCCUUAGCUGCCAUUCCCUCUGCUGACCUUGCCUUUGAAGAUAACCCACCGGCUUCUAUCACAACACCACCAACUGCAACCUGCCCUUGAUAGCUCGGACGGUGGACACUGCCAUAAUUUACUAGAUUGAACUUUGGAGCUGGAAACCUCUCUUUCGCUGCCCACUGCAGCAGGUGGACCUUGUGGAUCACAGGAAGCUCUGGUGCUUCCGCUUGCAUGAUUCAAGAGUCUUUUGUCUUUACCAGUACCACCGUCAAAGUCAAAGUCGGAGUUGGAGUCGGAGUCGGAGUCGGAGUCGAAAUCGAAGUCGAAGUCGAAGAGGAGCACUGUCUCUCGACUUCAGGAACGCUGCAGACAACAUACCAAGCAGACUGUCAUAUAAUAUCGGUGGCCACAACACAAUGUAACUAGAACCCUUACAAUG